GGAAAGGUCACUCCAUACUAUGAUGCCAAUGCUGAAUCGCGUUGAAGGAGAGAGAGCUAAUUAGGGCUAAUUAGUAGUGUUCUAGGGUCCUGGUUCGUAGGCUUUGCGUGGUUAUUGAUUCAUAAGUAGUCUUCCCAACCCCCGGACCGUCGUUAUCUCCAAGUUUGACCUCUAUCGUCUCUCUUCCGCCAUCUGCCUGUCCCUUAACUUCAUCUGCGCCAGGGCAGUGUCGCCUUUGACAAGUUGCAGUAUGAAGUCUGCGCUUCCAUCACUGCGCGUGCAGCAACCUGACUCCAUCUUCUCAGAGGGUGGAAACUCGCGAUGGACGAAUAAAGACUUAGAUCCAGUCCCUGCGCAUGAGAGGAAAUGGGGUGUCACAAGUUUCGUCGCAUAUUGGAUCUCUGAUGCCUUCAACUCUGCCACUUGGCAGUUUGCUGCCAGUGUUAUUGCCAUCGGUCUUUCGUGGAGGGAGUCGCUUGGUGUUGUUGCCUUAGGGUUCUUCAUUGUUUCCAUUGUGAUCGCACUUAAUGGUGCUACCGGUGUUAUUCACCAUUGCUCCUUUCCUGUACUCGCGCGAGCCAGCUGGGGCUUCUGGGGAUCCUAUAUUGCAAUCAUCUCCCGCGCCAUCUUGGCCGUUUUCUGGUUCGCGAUUCAAACCAUGAACGGCGCCAACACCGUACGCGUUAUGCUUGGCGCAAUCUGGCCGUCUUUCUUGACGCUGAAAAACACCAUCCCAGCCGAUCAAGGUAUCACGACCAACACAAUGAUAUCAUUCGUGCUAUUCUGGCUCGCCCAGCUCCCAUUCCUGUACAUCCACCCAAAUAAGGUUCGGUGGCUAUUCAUGUUCAAGAGCGUCGUAUCGCCAAUUGCCUUCAUUGGUCUUAUGAUCUGGGCUUUUGUUUCAACUGACAGUCUUGACAUAUUCAGUCAACGAGCUACAAUAUCUGGGCCUGCAUACAGCUGGGCUUUUCUCUCCAGUCUUACGUCCGUCAUCGGCAACUACGCAACUCUCUCAGUAAACCAAGCCGACUUCUCCCGCUAUUCGCGAGUCUCCGUAAAGUGGCAGCUCCUAUAUGUGCCCAUGCUUCCGAUCGUUUUCACGUUCAUCUCCUUCUGUGGUGUCGCAGCCACGAAUGCCGGCCAAGUUAAGUAUGGCACCCUUGACUGGGACCCAAUGGCUCUCGUGUCUCACUUCCCUAACCGCGCCGUGCGUUUCUUCGUCGCCUUCGCUUUCGCUGUUGCCUCUCUCGGCGUCAACAUUAGCGCAAACUCCUUGUCCGCCGCAAAUGAUUUGGCUGCGCUGUUCCCAAGCUACGUCAACAUCCGCAGAGGACAAUUGAUAUGCGCCCUGCUCGCUUGGGCUUUGGUUCCUUGGAAGAUCCUUAUUAGUGCCGGAACUUUCCUUAACUUCAUGAGCGCAUAUUCCAUAUUCCUCGGGCCUAUUGCCGCCAUUAUGGUCUGGGAUUUCUGGUACAUCCAUGGUAGGAAAUAUGAUACCGUCGCGCUCUUCCAGCCAUAUGGCAUUUACAGCUACGGUCACGGUAUCAACUGGCGCGCGCUAGUCGCAUUUCUGAUUGGCAUCGCGCCAAACAUGCCAGGCUUUAUCAAUUCAAUCAACUCAGACAUCGAAGUUGGCGUGGGCGUUCAUCCGUAUCAGUUCGGUUGGCUGCUGGGAUUCGUUGCAACGUCGCUUGUAUACGUGGGAUUGGAGACGGUGUUCCCGCCACGUGAUACCUUUAUCGAGAAGGCAGUGCUCCCGGAUGAGCUAUAUGAGCGCAGCGGAUAUGGGGCCGAUGCAGAAGGCAGUGAGGAAGAAAGGCCGGGCAGUACUGAGAAACGAGGAGGCUUCAAGGCUUGGGCCGAUCGAAUGCUGUAGGGGAUAUGUAUACCAAGUAAAAGGACAUCCAAUAGUCGGAAUAAUAUUCCACAAAUAUCAUACAAUUUCAACAGCA